AUGGAUGAUGAAUUGACAGAAUAUCCCAAGCAUCAUGUCGAUGUGCAACCGUGCCAAACGUGCGGCCGACGAUUCAAUAUCGAAACAUUGAGCAAGCAUCAAGCUAUUUGUCGAAAAGUAUCAAUUAAAACAAGAAAAGUAUUCGAUACGGGAAAACAACGGGCUACUGACUCUGAUGUGCCGUACAAAGCAACGCAACGAACAACACAAAUAUAUAAUGGAGAAGUUCGAGCACAAGACGAUCGAUCAAUGGGAAAAUCGAAAACGAUUUGGAGAGAAAAGCAUCAACGAUUAAUUCGAUCUAUUCGCGAAGCUCGGUCUGUUACUCAGUCUAUGAAACAAGGAGUACCCUUACCGGCUUUUCGACCGAGUGAGGUUCCAUCAGAUUAUGUUUCAUGUCCUUGCUGUCAUCGUAAUUUUAAUGAGCACGCUGCCAAACGGCACAUUCCUUUUUGUCAAACCCAACAUGAACGAAAACAUAUUCAAUCUUCUUCAAAAUCCAAGCAACAACUUGACAGGGGACGCACUCUACCUCCACAACGUUUAACUAAUGAAGACAUGUACGCAAGUCCUGAUGAUGUCUAUAAGAAUAGUUACAAGACAACCAAGUCAGCUCCGAUGCGAUCUCGACGGAAUCCUGCCGAAUAUCAGCCACUACCAGCACCGCCGAAAACAUCCAAUAAUGAUUGGAGAAGUCGUCAACGAUCUUUCGGAGCGAAUUUAAGCGAGCAAACAAUACCUGCAACGUAUUAUCAAACAUCCAAUCACGAGGAAACAUAUGAACCGCCGCUUCAUCGUCCUGUUCAACAACGGAUGCUUAUGCGCACAGGACGUAACCAAGACAACACCAAUUUAAAUGUACGUGCUCGUCAGAAAAAUGACGAUGCAAGCAUAUACAUGCGUCGACUGGCACCUAUGCCAAGUGCUCCUUCAUCAUACAGUCAAACCAGAUAUCAUCAUAGUAAUAAUCAACACAAUUCCACAAGACCAACCACUAUUGGUCGACCGCCACUAGCACCAACAUCUGGGAAUCGAUGUCAUGACUGCGGUAGAACAUAUCUAAUUCCUACUGCUCGAUUCUGCACGGAGUGUGGCUCACAACGAUGA